AUGUAUAGUUAUGGACAACUGUUACCUUUAACUUCGGACUUUGUCAAGCAAGGCUAUGUGUCCGAGAGCAUGGAUGAAGGUGUUUUUGCUGUACACAUCCUGGAAAUAAAGUCUCUUGUAGAGUGUGCAUUGCGUUGUGGCAUGAAUUUACUUUGUAACGCUGUGGACUUUUGCUUUCUUGAUGGUUUAUACACCUGCCGAUUCCGUUAUGGACAUGCUAACCUUUCAAACACCAUUACACAGUGUGAGGCUUAUGAAAACACAGCUAGCAAAGACUGCCCGGAUGGAUUAUUCUUAAGAGCUCAAGGAAUAUGCAAAAUCAAUACUGAUGAGUGCCAGAAUGACCCAUGUCUUAACGGAGCCACAUGUACGAACACAUCCGGCUCAUUCAACUGUACAUGUGACGCCGGAUGGACCGGGAUAGUUUGUGAUGAAGAUAUCAAUGAAUGUCUUGACAAUCCUUGUCAAAACGGAGGAACAUGCAGCAACAGCGCUGGAUCUUUCACGUGUACAUGCGCUGGUGGAUUCACAGGGGCACUCUGUAACGAAGUUCUGCCGAAUAUCGCAUUAGGUAAACCUGCCGAACAGUCAUCAACAUUACUUGACUAUAACGCCGCGGAUGCAGUGGAUGGUUACAACGGUACAGAAUUUGGCGUGGACAAGUGGUGUGCACACACAGAUGAUGGCGACACAAAUCCUUGGUGGAGGGUGGAUCUGCAGGCUGUGUAUUACAUCACAUCUGUCAGAAUACUCAACAGAGGAAGAGAUCAAUACGGAGAUUUGUCAUACCGACUUCAGGAUGUUACCGUCACUGUAGGGCUGACAGAAUCUGAUGUCAGCACUCCCUGUGGUUUCUUUGCUGGUCCCGGUACCGCGUCACAGCUGGUCGUCAUCGACUGUCCGACGUCACCACAAGGAAGAUUCGUUAAGAUCUCCAAGACAACUGGGUAUCUCACUCUUUGUGAGGUUGACGUGUUUGGCGUCUCUGUCUAAAAUUCAUUAAAGCCGAUUACUAAGCUGAAAUGUUGCCGACUUCAGACACAUGUAUAUUUUUUCGCAUCCUGAGGAAUUGAUUAGCUGUUCCUAUUCAAUGUGACUUUUCAAAUCGCUUCAAGUUA